GCCACGUGUCCCAGUUGCUCGCUCAUUGUCAAAGUCAUUUAUAAUAUGGAGGACUUUGCCGAGUAUGAGGAAGAGCAAGUGACUGCUCCCAAAGAGAAGCAAGUGGCAACCAACUGAAGACUUGUACCCAUUACCCUAGUGUACGUCAUAAGACAAGAUGGGUGGGCGAGGACGCGGCCGAGGGAAGGGCUUGAGCCUGGAGCAGCUUGGGGUGCAGAAAGGAGAGACACUGCCAGAGCGAGUCCUUGGGCCCCCCGAGACAUACCCGCCUCUCGAGUUCAGACCUGUUCAGCCAACCCAGGAAAAGAGUCUUGCUGAAUCGUACAUGCUGGUUGUUAAAAAGGAGUUCCGAGAGCACAUGCAGAAUUCUCAGUUUUACAUCCAGCCGGGAGUGAAAAGACCUGACAUUGAGAGGUAUUCCGACAGGUACCAAGUCUUAGCGAGUCACCGAGGCCAGCUCACCCUGAACUGGUCUUGGUUUCCCAAAGAACUGCAUCCCACAUCGGUGUCUGCACUAAAGAAAAAGAGAAAGAAAGAGUCGCCGAAAGUUAAAGUCAAUUUGAAAAAGGCGCGAACUAAAGAUAUGAACGUAAGUGAGACUCUGGAAGCACUUGAAAAGAAGGAAGCGUUGACGAAUGAGGAGAAUGAGGAGGAAGGCGAAGAGGACAAUGCAGACAAGGCUGAAGUUGAGACCAUGGAGGAGGAGGUGGACGAGGAGCUGGAUGAAGGAACGGAUUACUUCAACAGCUACUUUGACAAUGGGGACAAUUACCUUGACGAGGAGGAUGAUGCCUUGGAGGAAGGGGGAGUGUUUUGAUUAAGUUAUACGUUGAAGUUUUCUUUUCUGGUUUGAUGUUUAUGGUUAGGGAGGAGAGUUUAAAGGUGCUGAUAUUCUUAACCCAGUAGCUGCAGGGAUCAUGUUUCUUAAAGGCCCCUCUAAGCGAGAAAAAUGAGAAAAUCAUGACUCACGCAAACCAUUUCGUAAUUUUUAUCAGCGCAUUUGUGAUCAGUUUAUGCAUCAUCUAUUUUGGGGGGUUUAUAUCAUGGCAAAAAUUUGGCCUGUCGCUGGUACACGGUAAAGCCACAAAUUUGGCCCGUCAACUGCUACCGGGUUAAACUUCACUGGCACAGCUGCAUAGUGACAAAGGAGGAGGGGGAGUGUUAAGUUUACAUAUAAUUUUUGGUAAAGAAAAGUGUAGAUACUGUCACUUGAAAAUUUAUUAAAAAUUCUAAAUAUUCUCUUACCAACACAACUAAAUACAUGACUGGCUGCUUGCUGCAUUUCUUGGCAUCCUGAAUACAUCUUAUAUCAUCGA